AUGUCUACCAAUGAAUUUCAAAGCCAGACAAAAGCGUUCCUUGAUUGGUUCAACUCUCUUCCUGGGUCUACUUUUUCUGAGCAUAUCGAGAUUAGAGAUCUACGAGAAAGAAAUGCAGGUCGCGGCAUAGUGGCACUUCAAGAUAUUCCUGCUGACACAGUCCUAUUUACUGUGCCUCGAAGUGAAAUUAUCAAUAUCGAGACCUCUGAGCUCAGAGCAAAGCUACCCGAUGUCUUUCUCAGCCAGGAUACUGCCAUGGAUUUGGAUGACAAGCCACAGCAAGAUCCCUGGAGCACGCUGAUCAUCAUCUUGAUUUACGAGUACUUCAAAGGAGACCAGUCGAAAUGGAGGCCAUACCUUGAUGUCCUUCCAGCAUCGUUCGAGACGCCCAUGUUUUGGUCUGAUGCUGAAGUUGAGGAGCUUCAGGCGAGCGCCACACGAUCAAAAAUUGGCAAAACCAAUGCUGAAGAAAUGUUCCACGCAAAGAUUUUGCCCGUGAUCCGUGGAAAUCCUGACGUCUUCCAAGCUAGUCAGGCCAAGAGCGAUGAAGAGCUUAUCCAGCUAGCCCAUCGCAUGGGCAGCACGAUAAUGUCAUAUGCUUUUGACUUUCAGAAUGAAGACGAAGAAGAAGAGGAUGAUUCUGAAGAAUGGGUCGAAGAUCAUGAGACCAAGUCUACAAUGGGUAUGGUGCCAAUGGCUGAUAUUCUCAACUCUGAUGCCGAGUAUAACGCACAUGUCAAUUAUGGAGAUGAUGCCCUCACCGUGGCAACGUUACGGACUAUCAAAGCGGGCGAAGAGAUCUUGAACUACUACGGCCCUCAUCCUAACUCUGAGCUCCUUCGUCGCUACGGCUACGUCACUCCGAAACACUCUCGUUAUGAUGUCGUCGAACUUCCAUGGAAGAUGAUUGAAGAUGCUUUGACAGCAAACCUGGGCCUAUCAAGUGAACAGCUUGAAAGCGCACGAGAGUAUUUGGACGAGGACGAAUUCGAAGAGACAUUUGUCUUGGAGCGAGAAUCAGAUGAGCCUAAUCCAGAUGGCACUUUUGCCAACCCAGCUAAAUUUAGCGACAUGCCAGAAGAUCUCCGGGAGCAGCUCAAAUCAAUGCUCAAGGCUAUUCGCAAAGUGGAUCCAUCAUGCAUUGUCGACAAGCGAAAACGUGACGAGAUUCAGCAUACUGUACUCAUCAAGGCGCUUGACGCCCUCACAUCACAGUAUCCGACGACAAUUAUAGAGGAUGAGCUCAUUCUUUCGGGCAGCAACCUUAGCGAGCGGCGCAAAGCCGCUGUCACAGUGAGGCUUGGGGAGAAACGAUUGCUCCAAGAGGCUAGAGUCUUUUUAUCGGGGAUCGCUUCCGAUGCCACUUUGGACGAUGCUCCAGCACCGAACAAGAAAGCUAGGCGGUAA